GCUGGUUGAAUUUGGUAGAAUGUGUUCCAAAAGGACACUUUUUGUCGUCGCCUUGUGGACUUCAUCGUUAUACCAAGUGUUCGGACAGUGGCUGGAUGACCAGGAGACUAAUAUACAGCAGAAAGCUGAGAAGCUGGCGACACAAUACUUAAAGUCAGAAAUACAACACAUAACACGAAAUAUAGAGAGAAAGGUAAUGCUAAAAUUUGACGGAAUUCAGCGUGUAAUGGAAGAGAAAUUGAAUGCAAUGAUUGAAAAAGUUCAAAAGGAAAAAAUGGAAAAAGAGAGUGACAUUGUCAGAAAUUUAAGCAGAUCUAUCUUAGAACAACAGGAUUUACUUAAAACGCUUAAAACUAAGUUUCCGUCAGAUGUCAAGGGACGGGAUGACCAAAGACAGACAAUUCGUGAUAUAGGUGUUACUGUCAAAAACAUCCAAGGAAAAGUCCAGAAUGUCGACAGAAUCGUAAGAUCUCUGGAUAACCUUACCACUGAAAUUGGGAAAGAGAAAUUAGAAACAGCUAAGGUGGCCGAUUUCCUUAGGAAUGUCAAUGAAAGCAUACUGGAUAUAAAAGCCGGGCAGCAACACGUACAGAAAGAAUUGGUCUCUGUUCAGACUAACCUAUCAUGUAAAGCGGAAUCAAGCCCUACAAUGAAAUGGGACUCAAUUGAUAAACUAAUGAAAGUCGUCCAUGAUCUACCUGGAAAAUUAGACAUCGCUAGUGAGCAGCUGAAUGUUAACAUAUCCGAUAUAGCUGAUAUAGGCUUUGUCUUUGAGAAUAUAAGUAGCCUCAAAAGGUCACAGGAAAUAUUACAAAAAGAGCUCUUUUCGAUUACCUCGAUGUUUGGAAUGCAAAAUCAUACAGACUCGACAAAUAAGCUGAUGGAGAAACUUUCGACAAUUAAUGCAAAUAUUGAAGAUUUUCAUCAUAUCAAGGAAAUUAUUUCCAAUUUAACUUAUUCAUUUGAGAAUGAAAAAUUGAAGAAGGAAAUGUUCGUAAUGAAUAUUGAGAACAUAAAAAGUCUUUUGUUAGAUUUGAAGAAUGGGCAGUUAUCUUUGAGAGAAGAUAUGUGUUCUUUGCAAGCAAAUGAUUCCUCUAUAGCCUCACUGGAUCAUUUAGUAAGCAGAUUAGAGAAUCUAACUAAAGGUAUUAAAGCGAGCGACAGAAACAAUUCCAAUAGCACACGCGAUACCGUAAUAGAACCCAUGACAGGUGAAGAUUGUUCUGAUAUACUUAAGAGGUUCCCAGACACUCAAAACAAAAAUGGUGUAUACAACAUCACAAUAUCACAGAAAGAGAGGAAGUCUGUGUAUUGUGACAUGACAACGGAUAAGGGAGGAUGGACGGUUAUACAGCGACGAAUUAAUGGGUCCGUUGACUUCUACCGUAACUGGACCGAAUACAAGAAAGGCUUUGGAGAAGCGUAUCAUGAAUAUUGGAUAGGAAAUGAAAUGUUACACAGUCUUACAUCAAAAAAAUCUCAGGAACUUCGAGUAGAUAUGCAGAGAUUCAAUGGUGACAAAGCGUACGCAAUCUUCUCUACCUUUUCUAUUGGAGACGAGGCGAGCAAAUAUACACUGACGGUUAAUGGAUACUCAGGAACAGCUGGAAACAGCAUGACUUACAGUAAUGGCAUGAAGUUUUCAACGAAAGACCAGGACAAUGACAAGGACAGCGGCGACUGCGCCACCUACUGGAAAUCUGCCUGGUGGUUUAAAGCUUGUUUCUAUACAAAUCCUAACGGAGAAUAUAUAAAUUAUGAGAAAACAGGGUGGAAAUAUGUGGUCUGGUACAACUGGAAAAAUUCCAACAUUGCAUUGAAGAACAUAAGGUUCAUGAUUCGUCCUAGACAAACUUUCGUGGGGCUGGAUACAUUAGAACUAGGGAACCUGUUGCCUAUAUAUGCCAGUCGUAUAACAAAUGAUAGGCAUGCUGCUGUUGGGCUUACAAGAGACAGCAUGAAUUACAGUAAUGGCAUGAAAUUUUCAACGAUAGACCAGGACAAUGACAAGGACAGCGGCGACUGCGCCACCUACUGGAAAUCUGCCUGGUGGUUUAAAGUUUGUUUCUAUACAAAUCCUAAUGGAGAAUAUACAAAUUAUGAGAAAACAGGGAGGAAAUAUCUGAUUCGGCGAAACCAUAAUAGACAGUAUCAAAAGGUGAUCCUGCUUAAUUUACAUACAGUAGAAAUUGAUUCAAUUGAAAGAAUGUGUUCAAAAAGGACACUUUUUGUCGUCGCCUUGUUGACUUUAUCGUUAUACAAAGUCUUUGGACAAUAUUUGGAUGACCAAGAGACUAAUAUACAGCAAAAAGCUGAGAAACUGGCUACACAAUACUUAAAAUCAGAAAUACAGCAAAUAACAAGAAAUAUAGAGAGAGAAAUAAUGCAAAAAUUUGACGGAAUUCAGCGUGUAAUGGAAGAGAAAUUGAAUGCAAUGAUUGAAAAAGUUCAAAAGGAAAAAAUGGAAAAAGAGAGUGACAUUGUCAGGAAUUCAAGCAGGUCUAUCUCAGAACAACAGGACUUACUUAAAACGCUUAAAACCAAGUUUCCGUCAGAUGUCGACGGACAGGCUGACCAAAGACAGACAAUUCAUGAUAUCGUUGUAACUGUCAAAAACAUCCAAGGAAAAGUCCAGAAUGUCGACAGAAUCGUAAGAUCUCUGGAUAACCUAACCAUCGAAGUUGGAAAAUUAGAAACAGUUAAGAUCAAAGAAUUUAUUUCCAAUUUAACUUUUUCAUUAGAGAAUGAAAAAUUGAAGAAAGAAAUGUUAGUAGUGAGUAUUGAGAACAUAAAAAGUCUUUUGUUAGAUUUGAAGAAUGAACAGUUAUCUUUGAGAGAAGAUGUGUGUUCUUUUAAAGCAAAUGAUUCCUCUAUAGCCUCACUGGAUCAUGUAGUGAGCAGAUUAGAGAAUCUAACUAAAGGUAUUAAAGCGAGCGAUAGAAACAAUUCCAGUAGCACAUGCCAUACUGUAAUAGAACCCAUGACAGGUGAAGAUUGUUCUGAUAUACUAAAGAGGUUCCCAGACACUCAAAACAAAAAUGGUGUAUACAAUAUCACAAUAUCACAGAAAGAGAGGAAGACUGUAUAUUGUGACAUGACAACAGAUAAUGGAGGAUGGACGGUUAUACAGCGACGAAUUAAUGGGUCCGUUGACUUCUACCGUAACUGGACCGAAUACAAGAAAGGCUUCGGAGAAACGGAUCAUGAAUAUUGGAUAGGAAAUGAAAUGUUACACAGUCUUACAUCAAAAAAAUCUCAGGAACUUCGAGUAGAUAUGCAGAGAUUCAAUGGUGACAAAGCGUACGCAGUCUUCUCUACCUUUUCUGUUGGAGACGAGGCGAGCAAAUAUAAACUGACGGUUAACGGGUAUUCUGGAACAGCUGGAGACAGCAUGACUUACAGUAAUGGCAUGAAAUUUUCAACGAAAGACCAGGACAAUGACAAGGAUAGCGGCAACUGCGCCACCCACUGGAAAUCUGCCUGGUGGUUUAAAGCUUGUUUCUAUACAAAUCCUAACGGAGAAUAUACAAAUAAUGAGAAAACAGGGUGGAAAUAUGUGGUCUGGUACUACUGGAAAAAUUCCAACAUUGCAUUGAAGAACAUAAAGUUCAUGAUUCGUCCUAAACAAUGAAAAAGACCAAACAGGAUUGUCAUCACCGUAUGUUGCCAAUGUCACCCCAACAGGGUUGUCAUCACCAUAUGUUGCCAAUGUCACCCCAACAGGGUUGUCAUCACCGUAUGUUGCCAAUGUCACCCCAACAGGGUUGUCAUCACCGUAUGUUGCCAAUG